AUGCCGACGGAAGAAACUAAGGUCUUCAAUGCUGUCUCCAGUCCCACCACUCUACCUCGACUCGAGUCCGUGUCAGCUCAAGACGAUAUACAGACUACUACUGAAGGGCAUAUCACCAUCCCGUCCGAGAGAACCGAUCAUGUUCAAUAUCCCACAGAGCCAGAGUCAUCCUUGGACACAAUAGACGCCACCGCCGAUAAUGUCGACUCCCAUUUAAUGGACGUCCAACCCAACGAGUUCCUCCUCCCAUCCCAGCCGGCUCACCAUUUCCCCGAGUGGCCCACGCCCCAGGCCAUCCAGACGCUGGAUCUUUUGAAAGGCUUCUCGCCGCAGCUGAUCGGCGCAUCGGGAGAAUCAGACCCCUGGCUGCUGCGGCAUUGCAAGUUCGAUGACCAUGGCUUCCUGCUGUUUCAUCAGGUUCAUUUCCGCAAUGCCGGCGGGGUGCCGCUGGACGAAAAGAUCCCGGUUCAUUUCCUCGUCGCGGCAGACCAGUUGUAUGAGCCUGCUAGGGAGAGCACGAGGUUUGCACAGAAGGAGUCUAUCAGAGAUGAGCUGAACUUCUUGAUUGCCCCGGAAUGCGGCCAGAGACUGGUGGCUCUCUUCAUGAAAUUCGUCUUCCCGACUCUGCCCAUCAUCUCGCGAUCACAACUCGGAUUGACAGGUUUUCGCACCACACCAGAUCAACAUGUCCUGCAAUCCAUGCCCACGCAUUUACUCGCAGCCAUCUACGCCAGCGCACAGCCAUUCGCCAAAUUCGACGAGUACCUCUCAAUCCUAAACGCAUACACAACCCCACCCACAGACCGGCUCUGGCGCAUGGUCCUCGAGAACCUCCUCGAGGAAAUCCACACGCCGCACCUGGCAACCGUACAAGCAGGUCUACUGUAUCUGCACAAACCAUGCGAAGGAAACCAGAGCACCGUCGCAGACAGUCCGUUUGUGUGGUCGUUUGUCGGAAUUCUCGUCGGGCUGGCAACAUCCUUGGGGCUUCAGUUGGAAUGCCGGCCCAUGGGCCUCCCGGCCUGGGAGCGACGACUGCGCCGACGACUCUGGUGGGCUGUCUAUGCAGAGGAUAAAUGGCGCAGUCUGCUGAUGGGGCGUCCGCCGUAUAUUCGGGACAAUGAGUGGGAUGUCACAGAUCUGGAUGAGGAGGAUUUCCGGUUGGAUCGGAUUCGGGUUGACUCGCUGGUUUCGCCGCAGAACCACUCUGGGGAUGAUGUGCUGUAUGCGCAGCAGUUUCAGCAUUUUGCUCGCCUGUCGCGCAUUGCUGACGAGGUACAGCAACGCCUCUUCUCCCUGCGCGCAUCCCAGCGAUUAUCACCAAACUUCACCAAAUCUCUCGAGACAGCACGCCCCCUUCUACAAAGACUCCGGGUGUGGUAUUCACACCUACCAGCGCCACUAAGACAACAAAACCGGCUCUUCGCCACAAUCGACCGCACCGGCCCGCAAUCCAACUGCCUGCAUUUUUCCUACGUUCUUCUGGAGGUAUUCAUCUUCCGCGCGCUGCUACGGCCAAUGGUUCGGUCCGCCACGCCGCCGCGCCUCUUCGAAGAGACCGAGGACGCAACGAGCUUCGCCGCCAUGGUCGAUGACUACAUUUCGCAGAUCAUCGAGGCCGACGAGGUCGAGCCUGUGCCGGCCAUCGACAUGUCCAGUGCGAACGGGGAGGGCAAUGCCGUGCUCAAGGCGGCAGAGAACUGUGCUGCGACGAUGUUGCGGUUGGUUGUGAGGAUGGCGUGUAGUGACCUGGCUGGAUUUUGGUAUUCCUGGUGUCGAAUCGGCUUCGCCACUGUCUCGAGCUUCAUGAUGCUGCUAGUCGUCCAAGCCCCGUCCAAAGACCACGCCAUCCGCGCCCGCCGCCUCGUGUACAUGUGGCGCCAGGCACUGCGCAACCAGAGCAAAGGGUGCGAGCUGAUGAAUCUGGCGCUGGUCCGGCUCGACGGACCGCACUGGACAGGGUGGUCACGGAAUUUUUUUCUUCCCAAGCAUGUCAAGGAAGCCUUGGAUUGCACUGUUGAUCAGUGA